AUUUUGGAGUGGCCCACAGAUCUGGCAGUUAGCCCCAUGGACAACUCUCUUUAUGUCCUCGACAGCAACAUUGUGCUGCACAUCACAGAAAACGGUCAAGUGAGUAUUGCGGUGGGCCGACCCAUUCACUGUCCAUUGGCUGGACCGGAGCGUGGCACGGCUGGCGGUCAGAGAGCGCACUUGACUCCACUAGAAUCUGCUGUUUCUAUUGCCAUAUCGUACCACGGUGCCAUUUACAUAGCAGAGACAGAUGAGAGGAAGAUGAGCAGGAUCCGGAAGAUUUCUGUGGAUGGCGAGAUAACACAUUUGGCUGGAGCACUCUCCGACUGCGACUGCAAGAACGAUGCCAACUGCGACUGUUACCAGACAGGAGAUGGCUAUGCCAAAGAUGCAAGGCUGAAUGGUCCGUCUUCAUUAGUGGCAGCUCCAGAUGGGACUCUCUACGUGGCGGACCUGGGGAAUAUCCGCAUCCGCGCCAUCUCAAGAAACGGGCCAACUUUGACUUCCAGUGGCAGCGCAUACGAAGUGGCCUCCCCUGACGCCCAAGAACUGUACAUGUUUGACAUGAACGGUACCCACCAACACACCGCGAGCUUGCUCACUGGCGACCUGAAGUCCACCUUUAGCUACAGCACAGAGAACGACAUCACAGCUGUCACUGACAGCAGCGGCAACACUCUGAGAAUCCGCAGAGAUGCUAAUCGUAUGCCCGUGCGCAUCGUCGCCCCUGACAACCAGGUGAUCUGGCUGACGAUGGGGACCAACAGUGGUCUGAAGACUCUCACGGCGCAGGGUCAGGAGCUCGUGCUGCUCACCUACCACGGCAACAACGGCCUGCUUGCUACUAAAACAUCAGAGAUCGGCUGGACAACUUUCUACGACUAUGACAGUGAAGGUCGGCUAAUGAAUGUGACGUUCCCCACUGGGAUGGUGAACAACCUGUACACAGAUAUCUACAGCGCUUUGAUGGUGGACAUCGAAAGCUCCUUGACGGAGGAGGAAAUCAGCAUCACGACGAAUACCUCCAGCGUUCGUGCCUUCUACACUCUGGCUCAGGGUAAGGCCUCGUGCUAA